AUGUGUUCUGGUCGAUGUUGCCGGACGAGUACGGAUGUUGAGGAGUCUCGAGAAACCUCCAGAUGGAAUACCGCAAAUUCUUACGAAAAAAUCGAUCAACUGGAACACCGCUUGCGACAUUUUUGGUCCUGGCGUGUGAUCCUUGCAUUUUUCACUGUCGUCAUUGUUAUCAUUGUACUCACCGCCCUGAUCUUAUCCGACAAGGAUUAUCCAGAGGAAACCACGGAUGUUGGCACGUUUGUGCCAUUAAACGAUUUGAGGAAACGAACAGUUGCCAGUUUUAAACUUCGAAGGUAUUAA